GGCGGGGCUAGGGGUGGCCUGGACCCCAACUCCAGCCCACCCUCAGUUGUCUGCAGGUGGGGCUGCGGCAGUUGGACAUGUCCCUGCUGUGCCAGCUUUGGGGCCUGUACGAGUCAAUCCAGGACUACAAACACCUGUGCCAAGACCUGAGCUUAUGCCAGGACCUGUCGUCCUCCCUGCACUCGGACAGCUCCUACCCGCCUGACGCCGGCCUUUCUGACGACGAGGAGCCUCCCGACGCCAGCCUGCCCCCCGACCCGCCGCCCCUCACUGUGCCCCAGACCCACAACGCGCGCGACCAGUGGCUCCAGGACGCCUUCCAUAUCAGCCUCUGAAGAACUGCGGGCGGGUGGGGAGCCGCCGUGCACAGGCGCAGAAGCUCGCCCUUCGGCAAGUCAGUGCCUGCGCUUUCCCCACCCCGUCUCGCCUUGCAGGAGGGCCAGUGCCCCUCGGAGGCGGAAUGCCAAGCCCCUCUCUCCUGCUAUGGGUCGGCUGGCACUGGGGCGGGCACCUAGGUUGCAGCCUCAGCCCAUGGCACCGGGCCUCUGCUCCUCCCACACGCACCCCCAGCCUGGCCAGCCCUCAGCCGGCGGGGGGCUCAGGCGACGGGCCCUCCCCUUGGCGACUCUGGGGUCGGGAUGGGUUCCUGGCUCCCAUCCGCGUCUCACCUGUUGCUGUCGGCAGCUGCUGGCUCAGGGGCAUCCCGCCUCAGUCUCGGGGUUCCACUGCCCUGGACAAGGGCCCCUGGACCCGGCCCCACACCCACCCACGGCCAGGAGGGCCGAGGCUCCGUGCUGGAUGUUUAAGUUGAGGGGCCAGCCCCCUGGGCGCGUAGAUCAAUAAAUGCUCUCAGCGUG